AUGUUAGUCGUUGUGGAUUGGAUCACCAAGUAUGUUCAUCCGAUGCGCAGUGCAGACUCCGAAACUUUGGUAAACUUUCUGGAGAAGGAGGUUUUCUUACGAUUUUCACGACCAAGGAUUGUACUCACAGACAAUGGCGAACAGUUUACAUCGUUAGCUUUCCGAUCACUUCUUUCGCGGUACAACAUAGAGCACAUGACUACAGCAUAUUAUUGUCCAAUGGUAAACAAUGCAGAGCGUGUCAAUAGAGUUUCAAUAACCUGCAUCAGAGCACUGCUGAACGAGGAUCAUCGAGCAUGGGAUGAAAACUUGCCGUCAAUCGUAGCCGCAGUUAACAGCGCGAAACAUGAAUCCACAGGUGUCAGUCCACACUUUGCGAACUUCGGUAAAGAUCUGAUCCUUCAUACCGAUCUCUACAAUCAACAGCACCUCAAUGCUCCCCAAGACCCGAAACUAGCACAAGAUCUCCGUUUAUCGAAUCUAAAACGUAUACACGAAUUCGUUGUGAAGCGGAUCAAGCAAUCACACGAAAAGACCAAACAGCGAUACAACAUGCGCACAAGAUCCGUAACGUUUAACGUCGGUGACACGGUGUGGCGCAGGGCUUUCGGACUAUCAUCCAAAGUAGACCACAUUAAUCAGAAGUUGAAUCUGAAGUUCGUUCCCGCAAUCGUGAAAAAAGUACUUGGUACCAACCUGUAUGAACUGGAGGAUGUACCUUCGGGGAAGAUUGGAAAAUACCACGUUAAGGACCACGUCGUCGGAUUAAUUUGCUUGACAGCAUCUCAUCAUCGAAACGUCAUGAUGACUUUCGCGAAGACAGUCCGAAGCGUAACACGAGAGCAGUUGCCGGCACUAGAAAACUUUCGCCUCGUGUAG